AGUGAGUUGGAGUUGGUUGGUUUAGUAAAUAGCUUGAAAUAGUAAAAAAACUAUUUUAGAAAAUCAAAAUGAGUACUAAGAAUCAAGAAUGGAUAACUGCAAUAAAAUCACAUAUUACAAGUAUCAAAAGAAGUGUAAAAUGUGAAACUGAUAAUCAUCCAUUAAAGCAAAUUAUUGUGAGAGAAAGAAUUACAAAGAAGAAUUCUGUAUCAUCUCGCUCAACACCAUCUUCAACACCUUCAUCUUUAAUUGACAUACACACUGCUCUGGAAGGCUAUGAUCCUUUAACAAAAUUUGCUUUAGAAGAAAUAGACCCACUUUCAAAAAUUGCCAUGCAAAAUGAUUUAACAACUAAAUCUGGUAACAUUUAUAAAGGUCAAAAUGACACCAACAAUGUUCAAACAUGGGAUGCAAGGAAACACCACAUACUCAACCAGUUCACAACCUCUGAAAAAAUUUCCAUCAUUUCAAGUUACUUAAAUGAUGAUGAACAAGAGUUUUCAGUGAUUGUCAAAGCCCAAUCAGGAUCAAUUGAUAAGGUGCAACAUAGAUUGGAACAACUGGACCAAUUUGAGGAAGGAUCACAAAAGAAAUUCAACUUAUCACAGGUGGAGUAUGUGAGGAGAAUUGAUCAGUUGAACAAAGAAUUGGUAAUGGCUUGGAACUCAGAACAGAGAGUUAAAGCUCUAAAAAUUUCUAUUCAAUGUGCAAAAAUGUUAUCGGACACUGACGUACUGCAAUUCUACCCAAGCAAAUUCGUUCUUAUAACUGAUAUUUUGGAUAUCUUCGGUAAAUUGGUUUUUGAACGUUUGCGAAAUAAAUCCAACUAUAUUAAACCAGGUUGUAAAGAACCAACAGCAUUACCGGUUGAUUUCAGUUCUGAUAUGGUUCCGGAAUGUGCCAAAGAAACGUGCCGAAAUUGGUUCUAUAAAAUUGCUUCAAUCAGAGAGUUGGUUCCUAGAAUUUUUGUGGAAAUGGCUAUUUUGAAAUCAUACAGCUUCCUAACCUCUAGCGAAUAUUCUGCGGCGUUGAUGAGAUUAACGCACAUGAUUAGAGGUAUAGGAAACCCUUUGGUUUCAAUCUACGCCAGAUGCUAUUUGUGUCGUGUCGGUGUAACUGUUACUACACCAGGAAAGAAUAAUAAAUUCCUAUUGGAGAACUUUAACGACUUCCUCGACCUAUACAAACACCUCUUCACUCGUCAAAUCCACAUCGAAUUGACCAAGCAAAAGAUGGAAUAUUCAUCUUAUCUGACUCUCUACAGUCCUGCUUUGGACUAUAUGUUGCAAUUGAUCGUGGCCGAUGCUUCAGACGCAAUCCUUAUGCAGAUUUUAGCUAGAUGCGAACAGCAAAAUAAUAAAUUUUUAUUGUUGAAUACUAUAAUGGCAGGUUUCAAACCCUCUUAUAUUUCGAUGAGAGCUUUACAAUUCAUCGAAGUUAUAACUCAGAAGAGUAACGGUGAAGAAUUCCCUGGGUACGUAUUGCUUCGCACUUUGGGGGCGUGCGUCACAACGUGCCCGCCCUCUGUCAUUGAUAGAAAGCAGAUUUUGAACAUCGCCUGGUACCACAUCUCCAAAAUAAAAAAUCCUGAGCAUUACAUCAAAUGCGCUGACGUUUGGGUUCUUUUUGCCGUUCAACAUUUUAUGAACUACGAAGGGGAAUUCAAUAAUAUCUUAGGCGACAUAAUUAAGCACAUGUCAAUGGAAGGAGUGCGCGAAAAUUUCUACCCUGAACUGAAGUCCAUCAUUGAGAAAAUCGUCGAAAGUACCCAAGACAUCGAAGCGUUCCUUAUAAUGGACAACUUUCUGCCGUUUAUUGAUUUGUUUCAACAAGAGAAAUACCGUUCGGAUGUAUGCAAAAUAAUUCUGUCGGAAUAUAACAACGAUUCAAUAACCAGUGAUUCAAUCAUUAUCAAUACAAUUAUGUUCUUGUGUGGAGUUCUUCAUGACUCCAUUAACUCGAUGUCCAUUGAUGAUGAUAUUAGGCAAAUUAGCGAAAUCAUCUGUGGCAUCAUUCGGAAAGUUGACUACGGCCAAAAUUUCGAGGAACAACUGGCAUUUUACGUGGAAGCUAGAGGAUUAUUCUACAAUUUAAGCCCGGUUUUGGUUCAGUUAGUCCAUUGCGUUAACCAUUUGUCAGUUAAAGUCAGAACGAUAGUGAAAGGACAUCACACAAGAAAAACUGGAUCUUUUGUAAAAGCUUGUGCAGCUUACAGUUUCAUAACAAUUCCUUCAAUUCCAUCUACUAGGACUAGACUCGAAAUGUACUUGAUGUCCGGUCGAGUGGCGCUUUUUAGUAAUUGCUUAGGGCAAGCUGAUGUGAGUUUCAAAACUGCAAUUUCUAUAAUACCCGAGCUGCUUGAAAUCGAAGAAGGUGUUACACCCAACGAGCAAUUUUUGAUUUCUUAUUUGAAGCAGUUCUUAUCGACUUUGCUCGUGGUCCCAGAUAGUCCAGAAAAGGGAGUUUUACAUUUGACACGAGUGCUUUUAAAUGCUAUUAAAAGAUAUAGAUGGGAGCACAAGAAUAAUUUGUUCGAAAUGUACUUGAGUGUGCUUGACAUGCUUUCGACUAUGGUCCAAGAAACGUACCCAUAUUACGUUGAUAAAGUGGAAUCGAAUGAUACAUUUUACGGUUCCGAGCCGAAGUUUAUAAUGGAGGUUAACAAAGUUAACUCCAUUAUUUUGCAAGAGCUUUUGGGUAUUUUGGAGGAACUGGAAAGUGGCCACAUGCAGGCAACGUUAUCUUUAAAGUUGGUCAUGUCUCUAGUGAACAGAAGCGAUAUGUUCAAAAACGAUGCUCUGUCAAUUCUGGCUGUGAACUUGUGGAAAGUCUCUUCUCGACAGAACGUUAUUAACAUAAAUCAUUUAGUAUCGCUUAAGGAUUAUUUAUUAAGGAAGAAUAUUGUCAAAAACGAUAAUGCUUUCAUCAAAUACCUCUCCGCAUUCCCUGGACAUUAAAAUGUCGCUUUAUUAUUUUUUUCAUUUACCGAAUCUAAUCAAACUAAGACUACUUCGUAUAUAACCAAUAUAUUUUUUCAGAAGAGA